AUGGACACUCAUUGGCAUCGGAACCACACCACCUUGCCCACGCUGGAUGAGCUCACCCAAAGCAUGCAGCUGGGUAAGGCGAUCACCAAAGUCAACUCCACUCAAUCCAGGCCUCAGUGGGAAGACUUCCGGUCGGAGAUGAUGGAGGAGACGCAAGGGGCCUACGAGCUUGGGAGGUUGAAGACCAUUUGGGGCAUGAAGUUUGAGUUUGCGCUGCGCACUGCCGUUGCAGCCUUUUUGGCUUCGAUCUAUGCGAUGCAGCCGGAGGUGCACAAGGCUGAGUGGGAGAACGCCACCGUCUUCGCCCCGGUGCUGGCCGUGGCCUGUGUCUCCGGCCCCAGUCUAGGUGCCACCCUUCAUCACGCGUGGGAGAUGUGGCAGGCCACGGUGAUCGGAUGCCUCUCCAGUAUGAUUGUGAACGAAGUCUUACGUCCAGUGCAACCGAAUGCUCUGCGCGAAGCGCUGAUGCUGGUUGGCUUCCUGUCGACGGUGUUCUUCCUUUGCUCCAGACCCUGGGCCUUGGUUCAGAAGCGUGUCUCUGUGGGUGUGAUGCUUUGCGGCACCAUCAACAUGUCUGUGCAUCAGCACGAGAAGCCCUGGUGGUUCCCUUGGACCAUUGGUGUCCCCUGUACGGUGGGAGUGCUGUGCGCGGUGCUCGCCAUGGUGCUGCCGCCGUGGUUUGCCUGUAAGGAGCUCCGCCAGCGCUUGGCCUUCCAGGCCUUAUCCGAGCGCCAGGUCCUGGUGGAGCACUACACGGCCUUCUUCUCCAAGUCACGCACGCACCACGCGGCGGCAGCUCAUCGGCUGGAGACCUUCCGCGACAAUCAGCUGAAGAUGAAGAGCCUUUUGGGUCCCGCGUCCUGGGAGCUCAUUCUCAUGCCCCAGACAUGGACUCAACUGAGCUUGGCGGUGAAGUUCUUUGACGCUCAACUUCUAUGCCUCAGGCGAGUUCAGUUGACCACCUCCUCAGUCACGCAGGGGCUCAUGUCCACUUCGCACAUGAAGUUCAGAGAGGCCACCGAGGAGUCGUGGAAAAAGAGCAUGAAAGGCCUAGCAGGUGUGGUGGACGAUGUGGUGAAGGCGGAGCUGAGCGGACGGGCCAUCUCGAUGGACCUGCUGGAGCAUUUGAAGGAGGGGCAGAAGCAUUUGGAUCGAGAUAUUUUCCGGGCCCGAGCCGAAAUCAUGUACCAGAGUGGAUCGCAGUUUGAAGAGAAGGAGCACCAGCCAGUACAUCACCUGCAACACGUGAACCGCAUGGCCUGCUACUUUGCCGUCAACGAGCUCAUCUCGGCCACGGCGAAAGCAGCCACCGAGGCCGCCCACUCGGAGAGGCCAAGUGACCCAUGUUCCUGCUGGAGGAAGUGUUUGAAAUGGUUUGAGCUACCUCCCAGGCACCGGGCGAAGAAUGCCUUGAAAAAGGUGAUCUCCUUGGGCUUGCUGUGUAUCGGGGCUUGGAUUCCUGAGUGGCGUGCGAAACGCCCAGAGUUCAUUUGGGCCUUCAUUGCGGCCAGCUUCAUUUUCUCGGACCUGGAAGGCUCCUCGAUCAGCACGGGCCUCGGCCGAGUGAUCGGCACCUUGUUCGGAGGCAUGGUGGGCUUCAUCGUGCUGGAGGUCUUCCACUUCAUCACUUGGCCAUGGAAAGAGUUAGAGAUCGCAGCCUACAUUUUGGUGUGCGUCAGUUGGACCUUUGGCUGCAGCCUCUCCCGCUCCUCUCCUCGCCAUGGCUACACCGCCACAGUGGCAGGCUUCAGCAUCUACAUCAUGGUGGUCGGAACCCUGGAGUCCUUUGGGACCAAAGCUAGCAAAGAUGUGACCUUCCAACGCAUGCAGGAGCAGUUUGCGGGCGCAGUGAUUUACAUCAUGGUGGAGAUGCUCCUGUGGCGCAAGUCCGCCCGAACACAAGUGAACGAGCAGCAGAUCACCAUCCUGAAAGCCAUCAAGGAUAGCAUUUACGAAGCGACUGCACCACACUUAUCCGUGGUGAGCGAGGCACCCGAUUCCGCACCACACACGCAAAAGCAGAUGGAGGCGGUCUAUAGCAAGGGGAAUCAGGCUCUGGAAGCGGCAAAGCAAGGGCUGGUGGCUGCCACCUUCGAGCCCACCUUGUGGCAUAAGCCAUUUCCUAUGGCCGACUUUCAGCGCCUGCUUCAUACGGAGGAGAAGGCGCUCCGGUUGUUGCACGUGCUCUACGCGGGCACUCGUGCGGCGUCGCCCGAUUCGCUGGACCCUGAUGUGCCCUCCCUGGCCACUGGCUACUGCACUGCUGCCAUGACCUCCUUGGAAGCAGCGAUCGGCUUGCUGGAGAACCACGGGAAGGACUGGGAGGUCUUCAACUUGACCAUUGAUGCUUCAGAGUAUCUCAGCAUGGGAGGCUUCCACUCCUCCAAGGACCCAGAAGCAGGCAUGGAGACCUCUGGACUUGAUGCGGCACUCCAACUGUUUGCGGUGCAGCGGGCAGAUCAGAAGCUCAGGGAAAAGCUGGAACAUCAUUUCCGCAGGUUUCGAGAGCAAGAGCCCAAUCCAAAUGCGGCUUCGUAUUCCACCAACGCCACCAUGUUCUGUCUCCUGCACUUGACAGGGAUGAUGACUGAACUGGCGGACCGUUUGCGCGUGGCGAGCGCUGCGGAGCAGGUCGUCGUGCACGUUUGA